CAUUUAAUUUCAGUUUAUUUACAUUUUAAAUUGCACCAAUUAAAGUGUAAAAUGCCACUCAAGAACUCCUUUGAUUUACCAAAAUUCUUUACUCUAUCACCACCACUUUCUUAUUUUGAGGAUGAAACUGUUUGGCUUAAUUUAACUAAUUCGGUGGAAUUCAAGCCAAUUUAUUACAAUGAAGCUUUUCCUGAAAAAUACAGCAUGGAGGAUAUAAAGAAAAUCGCUACAGAAGCCUUCAAACAGACAAUCAGAAUACAUGACCAAAAAGUUUUACUGGAUGUUUUAGAAAAAGAUCCAGACAUGAUACACAAAAUUGGUAUAAAGCCUUCAAACAUCUCCAAUAUAAUCGAAUUUAAUCCAUCAUUUGCUCAUAAUGUGCUAGCCAUUUUAUUGAAAUCUACUGUGUCAACAGAUUAUUUAAGUGCUAUUAUAAAAACGGCACUAAACAUGUCAUUAAACUCACUAGAAGUAGUCAAUAGACUUGCAUCCUCAAUGGAGCUUCCAACAGAAUUUCUCCAUCUAUACAUCUUAAAUUGUAUCGAAGCAUGUGAAAAGAUGACUGACGAAAGAUUUCAGAAGCGGUCAGUAAGGAUUCUCUGUGUCUUCCUGCAAAGUUUGGUCCGUAAGAAGAAAAUCGAUAUUAACGAUAUUAGUAUUGAAAUUGAGUCGUUCUGCAUUACAUUCAGUAAAAUUAAGGAAGCAACAGAAUUAUACAAGAUAUGUAAAACAUUUUAA